UUUGGCAUUAAUUCUUAUAAACUAUAUCGGAUAAAUUGCGAUUGCGAACCACAUCAUCUACAUAGAAAAAAAAGCAUUUUGCGAUGAACAAUCUUUUCCCCUCAACCUUUAAAAAGUUACACUUAACCCCUCAACCUCUAUAAAAAAUAGGCACUUUGCCAUUUUGAUCAAAUUCCGGCCAAAUUUCGAUUUAUUUAUUUUGCAAUUUUUUAGAGAUCAGGAUAAAGCUCACCUAGCAUCGGGAGACAAUCUGUUUUUUCUUCUUUCGUAUAUUUCCGGUACUCUUUUAUUUUCAUUAUUUUCGUAUUCCCUCGUACAGUCAUAUUGCUCCCCAUUAACAAGAAAAAGCGCCUUUCUCGGGGGUUCCGGCUCUGGCGUCCAGCCUCCUUCUAUCGUGCUGGCAUCUCCCGUCAAAAGCCGUAUAAGACUAAGAGCACAGCAUCCUUCUUCUUCUCACUUGUUUUGAGAUCCACGCGCCACGUAAUCACCCAUCGGCCAUCGCCUUCUAUUCCCAGGCCAUCCACGUCUCCCCUUACAGUUGAGUCCAAGUCAGAGCUGCCUCCCCAAACCCAAGCCACUGAAGGGGGACCCACCAAUUUUUCACGUGGAGUGUGGACACCCGUCCUGCAUCCUUGUUCCUUUCUCGAAGGAGGAAUUAGAUUCAGCGGACGCAGUUCAUGCCACAAGUCGUCACGUAACUUUCACCACAUCCUCUAUGGAAAGCGAAAGCAGACGCAGAAGGGUCGCCCGGAAGAUGAUGGAACACGGUGAUAGUAUGUUGUCGGAAUGUACUCUGCAGUUACGAAGUCGGCAAUUCACGAAGAUGUGGAAGAGAGAUGCAGAUGAGCACCCGGCCGCCCCUCGGGAGCAUUCUGCUGAUGAUUCGACCGAGAAGUUGGUUGAUGGAGCGUGUGCAGAUGAUGCCGGCACCCCUGGGGCCGAGAGAGAAGAGACUGGUAUCAGGGAGCAGGAGGUCGGCGUAAAGGAGGAGGAGAACGAGCGGAGAGAGUCAACUUGCGUGUCACACGGGUCGAUCUCGGUCAUGGGGCGGCAGAGGGUGAUGGAGGAUGCAGUUAUGGUGGUGCCGGAGGCGGUGACCUGGGGCCUGAGCUCUUAUGAUUUCUUUGCUGUUUACGAUGGCCACGGGGGUUCCAGUGUGGCGGACUUGUGCCGCGAUCGUAUGCACAAGCUGCUGUCCCGCGAGACGGAGGAGUGCAGCCCGGAUCGUGGAGGAGGAGGGCUGGUUGACUGGAGCAAGGUGAUGGCGGCGUGCUUCCAGAAGAUGGACGAGGAGGUCAGACUCAGUGGUGGUGACAGCCAGGACAUUGCCAGUGUGACAGAGGUGGAUGGUCGCUCAUCGCCAGAGGCGACAGUGGGGUGCACAGCGGUAGUGGCAGUGGUUGGAAAGGAGGAGAUCGUAGUGGCGAACUGCGGCGACUCAAGGGCAGUUCUGUGUCGGGGGGACGAUGCUGUUCCAUUGUCUCGCGAUCAUAAGCCCGACAGGCCUGAUGAAAGGAAUAGAAUUGAAGCAGCAGGAGGAAGUGUCAUAAACUGGAAUGGUUCCCGUGUUUUAGGUGUUUUGGCUACUUCAAGAUCGAUUGGUGACCGUUACUUGGAGCCGUAUGUGAUAUCGGUACCGGAAGUGACGGUCAACAAGAGGACUGAAGUGGAUAAUUUCCUUGUGAUAGCAAGUGACGGACUCUGGGACGUGGUCUCAAGCGAAGUGGCCUGCUUGGUUGUAAAGAGGUGCCUCGAGGGGCGAAUUAGGUGGAGAUCCGAGAGGGAGUGUAGCUGUAACAGAGCUGCGGACGGGGCGGCCAUGCUCAUUGAGCUGGCAAUUGCUCGAGGUAGCAAGGACAACAUAAGCGUCAUUGUGGUCGAUCUCAAGAAGUCGAGCAGCAGUAGCUCUUGAAGUACUUUCCUUUUCUUUUCUUUUUUUUCACUCAUGCCGUGUUUUCUCUGUCCAUAGUCUGUUGCAUUUGUCCCGUGAUCCCAGCAUAGCAGCAUGGAUUUACGAUGUUGUUUUAGUUUGAGUAUGCCGAUGUGCUUGGAACUGAUCGAGUGUUCUCGUCCAAGGGGUGAUUUAUUUUACCAAGACGAAUGUAAAUAUGUAAUGGCUUGCCAAUUUC